AUGUCUUUCCCUGAAGGCCUCACUACCAGAUACCCAUCUCUUCUCCCCUUCGCUGACAUCUAUGAUGUUGAGUCCCACGAUGGUCGCGAGAUAACUCUCCUAAAAUGCAUCUACGCCCAUCCAGACCUGGACAAAAUCCGCAAUUCGCCAUCGGAGAUCUGUCGUGUCAUGGACGAGUUCGCCGCCAAGCAGGAUUUCCUUAUCAACAUCGGCAGUGACAAGGGUGAUAAGGUACGCCAGAUAAUCGAAAAGGAGAAGCCUACCGUCCUUGUGGAAUUCGGUGGGUAUGUUGGCUACUCUGCCAUUUUCUUUGCGGAUGCUAUGCGUCGUGCGGCUGGGAGUGCGGACGGACUUAGAAUUUGGAGUCUCGAGUUUGAUCCUCUGAUUGCUUCUAUUGCUAUGAAUUUGAUCGAGUUGGCUGGGUUGAGUGAUGUCGUUAAGGUGGUUGUUGGGCCUGCGGCGGAUUCGCUGGAGAGGUUGAAGAAGGAGGGGAAGGUGACGGACGUGGAUUUUGUUUUCUUGGAUCAUUGUGAGGAACUUUAUGUUCAGGAUUUGAAAGUUUGUCUGGAUUUGGGAUUGCUGAAAAGUGGGAGUUUGGUUGUUGCGGAUAAUGUGGUGAGGCCUGGGGCUCCGGCGUAUCGGGAGUAUGUGCGACAGAGUGAGAAGUUUGAGAGUUGGGGAGUUAAAGGGCUGAUAAUGCCUGGUUCAUUCGAGGAUGAACUUGAGGUUACCAGAAUCAAAUAG